UAAAAAUGAGGCCUAAUGUUUAACCUCGCGAUAUUCAGCCAACUUCACAUUCUUCUAACACCGCGAUUCCCCAGCGGGUCGAGAAUCCCGCAGCAGGAAACGCGGCCAGUGGCAAUCCCCGCCCCCUUCGCUUUGCCUCUACGCAUAUCCUUUUCGACUCACCGUCCCUGCCUCUGGAGGCGAGCUAUGGCGGCGCCCUUGUUCCCUCUCCGGCAAACUGUCCGGCCCCGGCUCUGGACUCUGCGCACUUUGGCCACGGUCUUGUCACCGACCUCCGACCCGCAAGUUCCGAAUACCUUUACAGCAGAAAGCAAUAAAACAUUGAAAAGUGGAAAGAACAGAAAACAGAUUCCUAAUCCUAGGACUACAAAGAUGACAGUUGACCAAGACUGGAUGAGUGUUUACCCUGCUGCAGCACCAUUUAAACCCUCAGCAGUGCCUCUUCCUGUUCGAAUGGGCUAUCCAGUGGAAAAAGGAGUGCCCCCAGCAAAGGAAGGAAAUCUAGAACUUUUAAAGAUCCCCAAUUUCUUGCAUUUGACUCCUGUAGCAAUUAAAAAGCACUGUGCAGUUCUUAAAGAUUUCUGUACUGAUUGGCCAAGUGCAUUGGACAGUGAUGAAAAAUGUGAGAAGCAUUUUCCCAUCGAAAUUGAGACAGCUGAUUAUGUUUCAGCAGGACCAUCAAUUUAUAAUCCCAAAGCAAGAAUUGUAACAUUAAAGGUUAGACUUUCCAGUCUGAAUUUAGAUGAUCAUGCAAAGAAGAAAUUUAUUAAACUCGUUGGAGAGCGGUACUGCAAGAAUACAGAUUUGCUUACCAUCACUACUGACAGGUGCCCUUUACGGAGACAGAAUUAUGACUAUGCCAUGUAUUUAUUAACAGUUUUGUACCAUGAAUCAUGGAAAACUGAAGAUUGGGAGAAAAAGAAGACUGAAGCAGACAUGGAGGAAUACAUAUGGGAGAAGAGCCGCUCAGAAGAAAAUAUCUUGAACACUCUUCUCCAAAUUAAAGCUUCAGAAAAAACUUCUGGAGUCACAGAGGAAGAGCUCCUUGGUUCUGAAGAAAUUAAGAAUUACAAAAAAUCUGUUGUUGCACUUAAGAAUGAAGGUGAUACUGAAAACAACCUUUUCCAGUAUAAAGAAGCAGUAAAGAAACUAUUGAAUUUAACAUGAUUGAGAUGUUAGGGAAAAAACAUACAUGCUCAAUCAGAAUUUAUUGUCAGAUAUUGGAUGGUCUUAUCUCUGUGAUAAUGUAUGCAAAUUUUAAAAUAAUUAUUAAAACCACCCUUUUUACUCCAGAAUUAGAAUUACUUCAUAGAUAUAAAUACACUUAACUGA